AGUGUAUUGAAGCGCGUCGACAUGUCCUCUUCCACGAUUCAACCCUACCUUAUUCUGGCUUGCUCCUCGGCUGACGAGCCCAAGGAGCUCAUUCACACCGUUUUGCAGUCUAGAGUGUGUGAGAAGAACAAGUAUUGUGAUGCUGUUUACAAGUUCGACGUUCCUGAGAACCUCAAGUUCGGCUCCUUCGAUUCCCUCAUCAGAUUGGUGGACGACCUUUCCAAACAAGAUUCCCAAGUUGAGGCCGUCCUUCGCCGUAUCGAGAGGCAGCUGCUCGAGCUUGACCCCAACACUGAGUUCAAGGUCGUCUCUCAGAGGGCUUCACUAUCAGCAGAGGAGUACAUCUCCAAAUUCCACUGGGAUGACGCCAAGUUCCCCCGCACCAGGAAUAUUCAGGACAACCUCAGUCUGUUGUUGACGAGUAUUCAGAAGCUCGAUGAGGAGGUGAAGUCGAAGAGUCAGGCUUAUUCUGAUCUCAAGACACAGUACACUCAGAUGAGCAAAAAGGAGUCUGGUUCAUACGCUCAGCGAGAUCUGACUGAUGUUAUUACUCCUAAGAGUGUUCGUGAGGGUGACUUCGUCGAGACCGAGCAUCUCACUACUGUUGUUGUUGUGGUGCCUCGUGGCCAAGACCAGGACUUUUUGAGCAAAUACGAGGCUGCUGCUGCCAAGGUCGUCCCUCAGUCGGCUUCCCCUUUGAACCUCCCUGCUGAUAAGGACGGUGCUAAGCUGUACAGAGUAGUCGUCUUCAAGAGCUGCGUCGAGGAGUUCGCCAACAACAUGCGACAUGCUCGUUUCAAUUGCCGUGACUUCACUUAUGAUGCCAGCAAGUAUGAGGAGCUACAGAAUGCUAAGGCCCAUAUGGAGAGUGAGGUGAAGAAGCAAGAGGCUUUCCUCAAGAGGGUAUGCGCUGCUGCGUUCUCUGAUACCCUCGUUGGUUGGAUUCACUUGAAGGCUAUGCGAACCUUUGUCGAAGCUGUCCUCCGUUUCGGAGUUCCCCCUAACUUUGCUGCGUUCAUCGCGGUGGUUGGAAAGAAGUCACAAGCCAAGCCAGUGAAGCUGCGUGCUGAGCUUAUGGACGUCUUCUCCAGCAGUGGUCUAUUUGGUAAGAACUACCUCUCUGGUGCCAAGGCCGAGAAACAACAGGGAAGCGCUGCUACUGAUGAGGAGGGUAGUGGUGAGUACUAUCCUUAUGUCUCUCUGAGCUUCGCUCCGCUGCUUUCCAUCAAGGCGGGCAGUGCCUAAGGCGCUGCAAUCUCCUCUGGUCGGCGUCGUAGCAGCUCCCAGGUGGUAUAAGUCUUAGAUUGAUUUCUCAUCGGCAACAGAUUGAGUGGAUGAUGUGCGUUGAGGAGAUGUAAGAUUGUAAGAAAUAGAGAUUAUUCCCUAUAUUGCUAGGAUCAACAGUAACGCCUUAGUGGUUGUUGACUGGUCUCUCUCAUUGCCAUUAUCGCUCGGUCGUUGCUGUAUCUACUGGUCCGACCAGGCCCAUUCUUCUACUAUGUCGAGUUGUUACGAGGCUCUAUCCUGAGGGCGUCGUUAUCAUCAUUACGGUUGUUGAUGAUGCUAUCAAGUUUCUUCAAAGAGUCUAUCAUU